UCUCUCAGGCUCUGAGGCAGGGUGUGAGGAAAGUCCUGACCUCUUGUGAGAACCGGGGCUUCCGUUCCGUUGCCUUCCCUGUAGUUGGAACUGGUGAGGUUCUCCAGUUCCCUCACAACGUGGCAACGCAGGUUCUGCUAGAAGAGAUCCGUCGGUACGAGCAGAACCGAGCGAGCAGAACCCCCUUCCUUAUCCGCAUUGUCGUCCAUCCCAAUGACAGAGAUUCUACCAAGGCUUUUCAGACUGCCCAGAAUGCUAUGCAUCUCAGAGGGUUCAUAUUGGGUGCUCGACCAGAGCAAGACAUCAGGAUUGUGCUGCUGGGUAAAACUGGAGGAGGUAAAAGCAGUGCUGGAAACACCAUCUUCGGACAAGAUGAUGUAUUUCUCGUAGACAGUUCCUCCACCUCCGCAACACAAAUAUGUGAAGCGCAGACCAAGAACAUCAAAGGAAGAAACAUCACCCUGAUUGACACACCUGGAUUAUUUGACACUGACAUCCCUAAAGAGGAGCUGAAACCUAAAAUAGUCAAAUGUAUAACAGAGUGUGCUCCGGGGCCGCAUGCCUUUCUCAUUGUACUGAAAGUGGAACGGUAUACAGUUCACGAAAAAGAAGCUGUAGCGAAAAUUGAGAAAUAUUUUUCACCAGAGGCCUUCAAAUAUGCCACAGUCCUCUUCACUCAUGGUGAACAACUCAAUGGUUUGACCAUUGAGAAGUUUGUCCAACAGAAUUAUGAACUGAACAAGCUUGUGGAGAAAUGUGGAGGCCGCUGUCACGUCAUUGACAACAAAUAGUGGAACACCAAUCAGCAGGGUCAGCACAGCAACCAGUACCAAGUAGCAGAGCUACUCAACACCAUAGAGAAGAUGGUGAGAGAGAACGGAGGAGGAUGCUACACCAACGAGAUGCUCCAAGAGGCAGAGAGAUUAAUACAAGCAGAGAUGGAGAGUCUUAGGAAGGAGUUAAAAGGCCAGAUGUCAGAGGAAGAGAUGAGAAAACAGGCUAAAGAAAGAGCGAGAAAGAAGCUCCUGAUCAAAUUAUCAGGGAUUGUAACAGGUGCAGUGGUAGGAGCUCUACUUGGGGUGUCAAUGCUGAUAAUGCUACCACUCACACUCGCUACACAACCAUUGCUCCAUUUAGUCAAAAGUCAGAUAGCAGCUUCAAUGACAGGGCCAGCAGUUGUGGCGGAGGUAGCAGGACCAGCACUUGCAGCAGAGACAGGGGCGACCAUGGGAGUGGGUUCAGGGAUAGGCAUAGGAGCAGGGAUAGGCAUAGCUGUAGGAGUUGUUGCUGGAACCGCCGCAACAGCAGGAGCGGUAAUAGGAGGGAUAGUAGGUGCAACUGCAGCAGAGGAGGCAGAGACAGUACAGGAGGCAGCAGAGAAAGCAGCUAGUGCUGUCUACAAGGAAGCUAAGGGUCUUUAUGAAAAAGCAGAAAACCUUUUGACAGGGUGCAGUAAGUCUAAGUAGAUGAGAUAUACCUGAAACCAUUGCAUGAUGGCAACAUGUGUUUCAAUAUCUAAUAACUAUGUAGACAACAGUCAGUUCUGUAGCUCAGCUGGUA